UUUCGUUCUUUUAACUUACAGAUAUAUUUCUAAAUUCUAUUUUUCUAUCAGUGAUAUCAGCGCCAGGUUAGAUUAUAAAAAGAAAAAUAGAGAAAUAUACAGUAUGUUAAUGGCUUCAUAGAGCAAUUAUGUGCAAGCAACUAUUCAGCGUUUUGAUGGUCACUAUGACCAUUGAAGCAUGCUGAUGGAAAAAUUUUUAAGGUCAAAGGAGUAUUGGUCAAUUGUGGAGAUUGGUAUCAGUGCUCCGGCUGAAGGCGAAAUCUUGACGAAUACUCAAACAACGGAGUUUGAAGCAAGAAAGCUAAAAGACUUGAUGGCGAAAAAUUACCUUUUUCAGUCUAUCGAACGUCUUAUCUUAGAAACUAUUUUAUGCAAAGAAGUUUCUAAAGAUAUAUGGGACUCCAUGAAAAAGAAAUAUCAAGGCACUGCUACAGUGAAGCGCGCACAACUUCAAGCCUUAAGAAGGGAUUUUGCGACCUUGCAGAUGAAGGAAGGAGAGUCUGUAAUGAGUUACUGCACUUGAACAAUAGAUAUUAGCAACAAAAUGUGAUUCCAUGGCGAGAAGAUGAACGAUAUCACAAUUGUUGAAAAGAUAUUACGCUCUUUGACGCCGAAGUAUGAUUAUGUCGUUUGCUCCAUUGAGGAGUCCAAAGAUAUAGAUGAGUUAUCGCUUGACGAAUUGCAAAGCUCUUUAUUGGUACACGAGCAGAAGAUGAAUCGAAAUUCAACUUCUGAUGAGCAAGCCUUGAAGGCGUCUACUUGUAUUUCUUCCAAUUGUAGAGGAAGAGGUAGAGGGAGAGGGAGAGGGAGAGGGAGAGGAGAUCGAGGCAAUAGAGAUGGAGGCAACAAAUAUGGCAAUGGAAAUUUUAGAGCCAAUGAUGACUACGACAAAGUGAAAGGAGAGUUUUUGACAAAUCCAAGAUAGAAUGUUAUUGUUGUCAUAAAUUUGGCCAUUAUCGUUUUGAAUGUCGUACAAAGGUUGCCUAAUGAGAAAGGAAAUAUUAUUGAAGGAGUU